AGUGUGACGUGACACUUUCCUUCCUCUCCUAAAUGUUGCAGCACGGUGAGACGUGAUAGAGUGGUGAGAAGCGACGGUGGUGUGACGAGCGGCUAGUGAACAUCAGCACAGCAAGGGAACACGUGAUUAAGCCAAGAACGAACACAAAAGUUGAUGCAAAAGUGAAAUCCUACAUUAGGAUCAAAAGUGUAUAUUGACCUCGUUUGUCCCUUCAAGAAGUCGCUGGAAGAAGUAAUAUCACAGCUCGGAUGAAUAACACAGGGAGACUCAAGUCUUCUAGUUCUGAACUAGACCUUGAUCGACCAAACAUUGAGGAUUACCUCCCUUCUGGAUCGACCAUUCAACAAGAACCUCAUGGAAAGCUUUCUCUGCAUGAUUUACUCAAUAUAUCCCCUACUUUAUCUGAGGCAGCAGGUGCUAUUGUAGAUGACUCAUUUACAAGGUGCUUCAAGUCUAAUCCUCCGGAACCAUGGAAUUGGAAUUUAUAUCUGUUUCCUUUGUGGUGUUUUGGAGUUGUGAUUCGAUACUUGAUUCUGUUCCCUAUCAGGGUUAUAGGGUUAACACUAGGAUGGAUAAUAUUUCUUUCAUCUUUCAUUCCAGUGCACUUCCUAUUGAAAGGACAUGACAAGUUAAGGAGAAGUAUUGAGAGGUCUUUGGUAGAGAUGAUGUGCAGUUUCUUUGUUGCAUCUUGGACUGGGGUUGUUAAGUAUCAUGGACCAAGGCCUAGUAGGCGACCAAAACAGGUUUUUGUAGCCAACCAUACAUCCAUGAUUGAUUUCAUUGUCUUAGAACAGAUGACCGCUUUUGCUGUUAUUAUGCAGAAGCAUCCUGGAUGGGUUGGAUUGUUGCAGAGUACCAUUCUGGAGAGUCUAGGGUGCAUCUGGUUCAACCGUGCAGAGGCAAAGGAUAGAGAAAUUGUUGCAAAGAAAUUGAGGGAUCAUGUCCAGGGAGCUGAUAACAACCCCCUUCUAAUAUUUCCUGAAGGAACUUGUGUAAAUAAUCACUAUACAGUCAUGUUCAAGAAGGGUGCAUUUGAACUCGGCUGCACAGUUUGCCCAGUUGCAAUCAAGUACAAUAAAAUUUUUGUUGAUGCCUUUUGGAAUAGUAGAAAGCAAUCAUUCACCAUGCAUUUGUUGCAGCUAAUGACAUCUUGGGCAGUUGUUUGUGAUGUUUGGUACUUGGAGCCACAAAAUCUGAAGCCGGGAGAGACACCAAUUGAGUUUGCAGAAAGGGUGAGGGACAUAAUCUCAUUGCGUGCUGGCCUUAAAAAGGUUCCUUGGGAUGGAUAUCUAAAAUAUUCUCGUCCUAGCCCAAAGCACAGAGAAAGGAAGCAACAGAGCUUUGCUGAGUUAGUGCUGCGGCGAUUGGAGGAAAAGUGAUGUGUAUCUUUGUGUAGAUUAUUCUUACUUGUUCUUGGUGAUAUUAUUCUUCAACCCUUUUCAUGUUCCUUUUCCCAUGCUACUGUUAUGUUUACAUUUAUUCAGAUAUGCAUAUAUUUCGCAUUAACAAUAAAUUUUCCCAUGGAUUGUUGCUGUCUGUACAAACUGGUGAGAGCCAGAUCUUUUAAGGAUGAAAUUUUUUACUGUCGUUCCA